GUGACGUAGCAAAUAGGAGGUGUCUUUAAACUUUGGCCACUACAACUUCCAGUCUCAUUGUACUGAAAAAGUCUCCACUUUCCCAACUUAAAAAUCAACGAGAUAAAGAGAACCAUAAAUCUUGGAAGCCAAGAAAAAAAGAAAAAGAACAAUGGGGUUUUGCCGCUUGUUUGUUCUUUGUUGAGAAAAAGGAAAAAAAGAGGAAUUCUGGUAAGAAAAAGUUGUCAUGCCGGUUCUAGCAAAACUGGUCCCUUCUCCAAAAUCCGCUGAACCCACAAAAUAAGAUGUAUAGGAUGAAUCGGUUGAGGGGUUUAGAAGCAUAGUUUUGAGGAAUCAGAGGAGAAGCAAGCAAGCAAGCGGAUCUUUUAAGUUGGCAGGAUGAAGUUUAUGAAACUUGGAUCCAAGCCAGAUUCUUUUCAGACUGAUGGGAACAAUGUCAGAUAUGUAGCUUCUGAGUUGGCCACUGAUAUUGUUGUCAAUGUGGGGGAUAUUAAGUUCUAUCUACAUAAGUUUCCUCUUCUGUCAAAGAGCUCCCAUCUACAAAAAUUGGUUGCCAGUGCCGAUGAUGGAAAUGAUGAAGUCAAUAUUCAUGACAUUCCCGGCGGGCCUGUUGUGUUUGAAAUAUGUGCCAAAUUUUGUUAUGGUAUGACUGUUACCUUGAAUGCUUACAACGUUGUUGCGGCACGUUGUGCUGCAGAAUACCUAGGAAUGCAUGAGACAGUUGAGAAAGGUAAUCUCAUCUACAAGGUUGAGGUUUUCCUCAAUUCUAGCAUUUUCCGAAGCUGGAAGGAUUCUAUAAUUGUUCUUCAGACUACAAAAUCUCUACUACCUCUAUCUGAGGAGCUGAAGUUGUCCAGCCACUGCAUUGAUGCCAUAUCUUCCAAGGCAUCCGGUGAUGUUUCCAAGGUGGACUGGUCCUACACCUAUAACAGGAAAAAGCUUCCGGAGGAAAAUGGGAAUGACCCUACCUGGAAUGGUGUUAGAAGCAGAACGGUGCCUAAAGAUUGGUGGGUUGAGGAUUUGUGUGACCUUGAAAUAGAUUUAUAUAAACGUGUCAUUGUUAGUAUAACAAACAAAGGCAUAGUUCCUCAUGAAGUAAUUGGGGAAGCACUGAAAGCUUAUGCUGUGAGAAAGUUACCGGGCUUUGGCAAAGGUGGAAUCCAGUGUGGUGAUGUAUCCAAGGCUCGGACAGUAUUGGAUGCCAUUGUGUGUCUUUUGCCUGCAGAAAGAGGCAGUGUCUCUUGUGGUUUCCUGCUAAAGUUGUUAAAAGCAUCCAUUUUGGCUGAUUUAGGGGAAAUGCCAAAAAGAGAGUUGGUUAAAAGAAUAGGGCAGCAACUGGAGGAGGCUUCUGUCAGUGAUCUCCUGAUUCCAUCCCAAAAUGGGGAAACAACAAUCUAUGAUGUUUGUGUAGUCCAGCAGAUACUCAAGGAAUUUAUGAUGCAAGAAGCGAAUGCUGCAACCGAAGGAGAUGAGAUUCAGGAGGCUAGAAAGCCUGGGAUUUUAUCUGAAGCUUCAAAAUUGAUGGUUGCAAAGCUUGUUGAUGGUUACCUUGCUGAAAUUGCAAAGGACCCUCAUCUACCUUUGUCGUUGUUUGUUGAUCUUGCUGAGAUGGUUUCCAGUAUUUCUCGGCCUGCUCAUGAUGGUCUUUAUCGUGCAAUAGACAUGUUUCUAAAGGUGCACCCUGGCAUCAGUAAGAGUGAGAGGAAGAGAAUUUGCAGGCUGAUGGACUGCAAGAAGCUCUCUGUUGAUGCAUGCAUGCAUGCUGUGCAAAAUGAGAGACUUCCCUUGCGUGUAGUGGUACAGGUGCUCUUUUUUGAGCAAGUAAGAGCUGCUGCAUCAUCUGGAAGCAGCACUCCUGAUCUACCCAAAGUUCUUAAAGACCUUAACAGUGCUUCCCAUGGGAGCUCAAGAACAGCAACAACUAAUACAGAAGAAGAUUGGGAUGCCGUAGCAUCAGCUGAAGAGCUCAGGGCUUUAAAGGGGGAGCUCGCUGCAUUAAGAUUGGGGAAUGGAUCCAUCAGUGAGAGAAAUGGUGGAGAUAGUAGGAGUCAUAAUAAUGACAGGGCUGCCAUUAGUAAAAUGAAAAGUUUGCUUAUGUCGAAGAAAAUAUUCUCAAAAAUCUGGUCUAGCAAAGGAGGAGGACAGGGGGAGAACAGUGGAUCAGACUCAUCAGAGAGUCUUGGUUCCGCCAAUCUUGAAGAGGCAAAAUCAACUCCUUCAAGGAGGGGAAGGCACUCAGUUUCUUAAUGGGAAUACAAAAUCAGGGCUCCUUUUGGGUUGGGAUUUCAGAGAUUACCUUAAUGAUAUCAUUAGCAUUUUAAGAAGCACAUAGUUCGUGGAAAGAAUUGUGACAUAGCAGCAGGUAUUCAUGUCUGUCUGAUUUCGAAAGUGGAACCAAUUCCAUGGACCUGAGAAACUGAAGGAAAACCUCUGGAAAGUUAUCGUAGACUGACACCGUUCAAAGCUAGGACCAGACAAGCUGUGAUAGCCACACAGGUCAGAUGAUGUAUUGUGGUGAGGCCUCUGGAAGUAACAUAUUGCAGCUUUUUUCAAGUACCAUAUCGGCUGUAUAAUCGUCCAAGACUCCUCUAGUUAUAGGGGCCUCCUGUGUCUAAAGCACUCUCGACCUCGAUCAGUCAUUUUGUUAAUUUUGGUUAUAUUAAUAUAUAGU